CCAAAAUUCUUGCGAUCUUGGACAGGGAAAGCAACGUAAAGGCCGUGUCAAUUCCGCCAUUCUGUCUUUCGGUCCGACGGGCACUACCAAUACCAAGAAAAUGACUUUACGAAUGUUUCAAUCCGCCAUCUCGUCAUACAUGUUCCCUCGCGUGCUUCUGGCCUCGGAACCUCUAUCCUCCUCCACUGCAGGACGGUGGUCGCGGUCUCUGCAGAGUUCUCCAAUCCUCCCUUAUCGACUGCUGAGACCUGCAGCCCUAUCAUUGAACCUUCCCGGCAUCAUUUCCGGCAUCUGGGAUUCCGUCCUGCGUGCUGUACCCAAAAAGAAGACGUCCCACAUGAAAAAGCGUCAUAGGCAGAUGGCUGGCAAGGCUUUAAAAGAUCUCAAAAACCUCAACACUUGUUCUGGAUGCGGUCGAAUGAAGCGUGCCCAUGUUUUAUGUCCACACUGCGUUGAAGGUAUGUUCUUGCCCAUUGGAUACGUUGGUCUAUCGAGACUCUGAUGAGUUGUUUCCUGGUUAGACAUUAAGAAGCAAUGGAAGCACACCCAGGCGGCAUGAGUGGAACACAACGGUGACCUGAGAGGACAGUGA